AUGGAAAUAAAUCUUUCAACCAGUCUCUCUCUCUCUCUCUCUCUCUCUCUCUCUCUCUCUCUCUCUUUACACCACUUUGUGGUAGGAUUUUACGCUAUUGCUAUGAGUGGUGUCGUCGGCAUGCGUCGAGAGACGAUGAAUAUUCUUUCUUCUUCAUCUUCUUUUUCAUCGACGUCCUUUUCUUUAUCUUGUUUUGUCAUUCUUCUGAAAUUGCUUUACUUCUUUUUCUUUUGUUUUCUUCUUGCUCUUCUUCUUCACCUUUUCUUUUUCUUCUUCUUCACCUUUCUAAUUCCUCUACACUUUCUUCUUCCUUUUCUUCUUCUUUUACUUUUUCUUCACUUUUUCUUUUUCUUCUUCACCUUUCUUCUUUUUUUUUCUUUUCUUCCUCUUUUUUCUUUUCCUUCUUCACCUUUCUUUUUCACUUUCUUUUUCUUUUUCUCUUUUUUCACUUCCUUUUUACCUUUCUUCUUCUUUAACUUCUUUUUCUUCUCUAUCUUCUUUUUCUUUUUAACCUUUCUUCUUCUUUUUCUUUUUCUUCUUCUUUUUCUUCGUCUUCACUUUCUUCUUCUUCUUCUUCUUUUUCUUCUUCUCCUUCUUUUACUUCCUUUUUACCUUUCUUCUUCUUUUACUUCUUUUUCUUCUCUAUCUUCUUUUUCUUCUUAA